GACACAGGCAUUAUAAGCGACAGUUGGAAAAUUUCAUUUCAUUGAAACACAUCUACUAUUUGUAACAAAAAGAGAGUGACGUUUAGAAUAAGUUAACUCUAAAUACUGCAAUAAAUUUUAUUUCAGACAAUUGACAUAUUUAAGAUUCGGGAAUUACUAUAAAACGAAAGUAAUGAAGUCUUUUAUCGCGGUCGCUCUGUUUGCGGGCAUCAUUGCCAUGGCGAGUGCUGAGAACUACGCCUGUCACACGAAUGUGACUGUGGGCUGCACCAACAACGUUCAAACUCCAGUUAUUUGCCAUGCACGUUUCGGUGGCAUUGACAACGUCGAAUCUGGCAUUCAGUCGUACAUUAACUUGAACCUGCACAAAUCCUACCAAUAUCUGUUGAUGUCUGCAUUCUACAAUUCCUAUCAAAAGAACCGCCCCGGAUUCAACAAGUUGUACAAGUCGAUGUCGGACCGCUCCUUCGAUGAUGCCAUCGAGUUGAUUAAGCACGUGACACGCCGUGGUGGUCAGGUUGACUUCCGUGCCAUCAGCCAACACCCCAACUCCAUUGCACAAAGCAAAUUGAAAUUGGAGGAAGACGAAUUACACUCUUUGGGUAUCGCUUUGGAUAUUGAGAAGACUUUGACCGCUGAUGCCACACAUGUGCACUACCAAUCUACCCACGGACGUCCACACGACCCUCAUACCGCUCACUUUGUAGAAGAGAAAUAUUUGGGCAGACAAGCUGAUUCUGUACGCCAACUAUCCGGUUACGUCAAUGACCUAUCGAAGAUCAUGAACCAACGCGACCCCUCAUUGGGUGUCUACCUUUUCGAUCAGUACUUGGAAAAACAAUAAACAGCAGCGGUUCAAUAAGGAGCUCGCGCUGACUAGUAUGUUAUAAGCAGCCAAUUUUGUUCUUCUUUUAGUAAACUUUGUUCAAUACAUACAAACACAAUAACAACAAUAUAACUAAAUUUGAUUGAAAGCAUUUAAAACAGAAGUUUUUGAAAAUCAACCUUAACUUAUAGCACGGAAGCGCAUCAACAAAAUUAAAUGUAUUAUUAAAAAUAAGAGCUAUAAAAUAUUUGAAUUGUUCAUUUUCUAAGAUUAUUAAUAUCCAAUAAACAUGGAGUUUUAAUUUUUUCUAGUGAAAACCUAUAUAAAAAAUGUUAUAUUUACGAAAUUAUGAAAAUAUAUUAAAGUUGCCUCCCAUAUUUACUUAUCCCAUUGAAAUGUGAUAUUUGCUACGAUAAAAAUCAAAUUAAAUAAAAAUGCGG